GAACCAUUUUCUCAGAAACGCAACCGAAACUGAACAAUAGAAUAAGGUGAGGCAGGCAAGGUGGAGCUACAUUUAAACCAAGUCAGAAGCAAGGGAUUUUGCUCCCUCCAUAACUGGAUGGUUUUGAUACUCAUUUCAGGGCAUUUUGAGAAGUUGGACAGUUCUCUUUUUUAAAAUACUUGCUUACAAACUUGUUGAAUAUGCCGCAGAUUGCAUCUUCAUUUGGGAGGACGAGACGGGUUCAAAGAUACAGACCCUACAUGAAGGAUCAGCACAGGGGAAAAAGAGGUGAUCAAUGGAACCCCUUACUGGAUAUGAUUAUUUCAGAUUUACAUCCACAUACCAUAGUUGAAGAGCCUGGUUUCUUACAUUUCUACAAAUCUAUGAGUGAAAGGUUCCAAUAUCCACCAACAUCUACUGAUAUACUUUUAAAGCUUCAACAAUUGUUUUUCAAAACAAUACAAAUUGUGCAAAAAGGUCUAGAAAGGGUAGAUACCGUUGCAUUGUCUUCUGAAGUGUGGAACACCACAGCAAACAAAACUUAUAUGACAACUACCUGUCAUCUGAUUGAUAACACAUGGACUCGGCGAUCAUAUGUUUUGGAAACCACACCUCUACCCGAAGAAUAUAAACCCAGUAAUUUUAUUGGACAGCUUCUGAAAAUAGCAGAUAAAUGGGGAAUUGGAAGCAAGAUUAAAGUGGUAGUGACAAAUGAAGAUGGGAUAAAGAGAGACAUGAAAAAGGCAGGAUGGGAUCUCAUACCCUGCUUCGCCAACACACUGGAUUUGGUCUUCAAGGAGACGCUUGAGACGUCUUCUGACUGGAAAGAGCUGGUGCAAAGAUGUUGUAAAAUAUCAAAGUAUUUUUCUAAUGUUGAAGCACAAAGUCACCUCAAGGCGGCACAAAAAAAGCUGCAGUUACCGCAACAUAACCUGGCUCAGUCCAAAGGUGAUAAAUGGCUUUCUACGCUAAACAUGCUAGAAAGAAUCUCAGAGCAGCAUGAGGCCAUACGCCUAGUGCUAAUUGAAUUUAACGUCGACUUAUUGUUAAGCAAGCAUGAAAAUAAAAACGUAACAAAGACAACAUCAUCCCUCAAGGCGUUCCAGGAUGUCAUAUCACCAGCAAAACGAUACCACUCACUCUCAGACAUUAUACCGCAAGUGGAAGCAAUAAGGAAGAAGCUAAAAGAGUUGCAACAGAGCGGAAAUGAGUUUGCUAAGGAAUUAGCACAACGUUUAAAUCAUCACUUCAGUAGAGCCAAAGAAAAUGACUGGUUGACAUUGAGCACCGCUCUUGACCUGAGAUACAGAGACGUCGCUGUCUCGGAGAAGGGGAUUUCCACCCGCAUUAAGAAAACAAUCAUUGCUGAAAUGAAACACCUGGAUGAAGAGAAUCAAGGGAGAAGUUAUAGACAGCCAGACAAUUUUGAUAAGGUUCUGAGGAGAUACUUGGAAAAGGAAAUGUUGCAGAAUGAUUGGGAUCCUCUUGCAUUCUGGAAUUUCCCAAAAGACGAAGACUGGUACCUGAGUGAAGUUGCACGCAAAUACCUGGCUGUUGCAUCUACCGCGGUCCCGGCUGAUGUUGCCUUUGACAUGGAGAAAGCCAGACUCGUGGCCAGUCGAAGAAGCAGCUUGGAUCCAGAACAUCUAAAUAUGAUGCUGUUUCUAAAUGGCAACCGUUUCCUCUCUUAACUCAUUUAACAAAUGUGAAAAUGAUCAUAGCCUGUUUGUUGUGAAAGAUGAACAUUCACAAAACAUGACAUAUUAGCUAUUAUUGUCUAUCACGCUAUCAGCAUAUCAAUUAAUAUAUAUUGUAAGGGGUAUACUGGUUAAUUAAGGUAUUUUUGUA